GUUCCUCUUUUAAUCUUUUCAAGCUCUUUCUAUUAGUUUGUUGGUCUACUUCGUCAUCAUGGCUACCGAUGAGAGAGUUGGGGCUGAAAUCAUCCGUGGAAAGGAAGCCUGUGAUCGAUUUUCGGCGGAGCUUAUGAAAGAGCUUGGAUUCCCUAGUGGUGUCCUUCCCAUGGGAGACCUUGAAGAAUGCGGGAGGGUGAGAUCCACGGGCUUCGUUUGGUGGAAAUGCAAAGCCCCUUAUGAGCACUUCAAUCCAGCUACAAACACCAAGAACAGCUAUGCUGCCGAGACCACUGCCUAUGUUGAAAAGGGGAGGAUGAAGAAGAUGACCGGAUGCAAGGCCAGGACACCACUGAAGCUGUGGGUUCCGGUGGCAGAGAUGUACAUCGACGGAAACAAGAUGUCCUUCAAGUCAUCCAUGGGAGUCGGCAAAUCCUUCCCUCUCGUCUCUUUUAUGAACGAAGAAGAAAAGAAGGCUUGUCUCCAACAAAAUGGCAGUGCAGCAAAUUAA